CUGCACGAAGUGUGGGAAGAGCUUCAAGCUGCGCUCGACGUUGAUCUGUCACCAUCGUACCCACACCGGGGAGAAGCCCCACCAGUGCUCGCAGUGUGGGAAGAGCUUCAGGCAAAGCUCAUCCCUCAUCCACCACCGGCGCAUCCACAGUGGGGAGAAGCCCUACAAGUGCACCCAGUGUGGGAAGAGCUUCAGGUACAGCUGGUCCCUCAUCACCCACCUCCAUGUCCACACCGGGGAGAAGCCGUAUCGCUGCGGUGACUGUGGGAAGAGCUUCUGUGAGAGAUCAAAGCCCUACAAGUGCAGUGAGUGUGGGAAGAGCUUCAGUCGGAAAUCAUCGCUGAUCCGUCACCAGUGCAUCCACACUGGGGUGAAGCCCCACCAGUGCUCCCAGUGUGGGAAGAGCUUCACCCAAAAAUCAUCCCUUAUCCACCACCAACGCAUCCAAACUGGGGAGAAA